CAUUCCACGACCGGGGCAACCUCUUCUCUUCCACCAUUUCUUCUUCUUCUUCUUCUUCUUCUUCUUCUUCUUCUUCCUCUUCCUCCUUCUCCUCUUAGCCGCUCUUUCGGCACAUUGUGAUUCGUCACACCGAUUUCUGCUCAGUUCGUCAAAGUGAACCUUAGGGGGUGACUCUUUCUUUUUAUUUCCUUCUUCUCUGUCUUACUCACUCUCUUACGCACACACACACACACACACGCACACCCUGUCUCCUUUUCUCUUCGGAGGAUCGAGCAUAUUUUUACCGUGGGAAGAUUUUCUACGCUCUUUGUUACGAACAAGCACGUGUCCACUCUAGCGAUUUGUUUUUUUCUUUCUUUUUCUUCAUUAACGAAGUAGCGCACCUUUUGCCGCGAAAAAUUUAAUCGUCCACCGAGUGAACAGUAAAACGCAGUGAAACGAGAGAAAGUACAAAAAGGGAGAACUUACGAUUUGUGAUCGAUUUGAACCUAUUCUCUGAGAGAAGUGAAGAGACUGGAGGAUCGUUCGAUAGAAAAUUCGAAUCGUCGGAGAAAUGAACUGAGAACUGUAACCGACGUUCGUGAAAACUACCGAGGGGAGCACGUGAAAAAAGGUUGACAGUCCGCGCAUCGUUCGAAGAUGUCUUCCGCGAUGCUCGCCAUCGGAGGAUCAUGGCUCACGUUGAUUCUGUCCAUGUGCUUGAUGACCAUAAUUUUGCUGUUACUGGUGCAACGUGGAAAGUUUCUCUACGCCCUGAGGAAAGUGCCUUAUCCACCUGCUAUUCCUAUAAUCGGGAACGCUUAUCAAUUAUGCUGUAACCCGGAAGAAUCCUUCAAGAGGAUGAUCAAAUGGGGAAGAGAGUUAGGGGAUAUGUACUUGGUUUGGGUAGGCAUGAGGCCUUUCAUCUUCCUUUACAAGGCAGAAGCGGUACAACCAUUGCUAAGCAGCAGCAUUCACAUCGAUAAAAGUUUGGAAUACGGGUAUUUGCAACCUUGGCUUGGUGAGGGUUUGCUGACCAGCAGUGGUGAAAAAUGGCACUUCCGCAGGAAGUUGAUGACGCCAACCUUUCACAGUAAUCUCCUGGAAGUGUAUUUGAAGACAGCGAUCGCAGAGGGUGAAAUAUUAAUCUCCUGUCUGAGAAAGGAAGUCGGUAAACCACUAUUCGACAUUGUUCCAUACGCAAAACGUGCAGCACUGGACAUAAUAUGCCACAGUUCCAUGGGAUGCAACAUCAACGCGCAAACGAAUUUAGAAAACGAAUACGUACAGGCCGUGAAUAUGUUAGCUUCAAUCUCGCAAAGAAGGUUUCUCAACAUUUGGAUGUCCUUCGACCCGAUCUUCAAGUUAACAUCCUGGGGGAAACGACAUGAUCACUCGCUUCGUGUCAUCCAUACAUUUGUCAAUAAGAUAAUCAUGGAGAGAAAAGCUGAGUGGAAUGAAAAAAAGAAUGGAAAUUUCAACGAGUCGGCACCUAAGCGUCAAGCUUUGUUGGAUUUGCUGUUAGAAAUGUCGCAGGACGGCAAAGUGCUCACUGACGAGGAUAUUCGGGAUGAGGUGAACACGUUUAUGUUCGCGGGUCACGAUACCACUGCGACUAGCGUGUCUUGGAUCUUGUAUGCCUUAGGAAGGCAUCCUCAGUAUCAGGAGAAAAUUCUUGAACAAUACAACGAGGUAGUAGGAACAAAGGAACUCACGUUAGGUGUACUGAGUAAACUAACUUGGCUAGAAGCUUGUAUAAAAGAAUCUUGGAGAGUGUAUACAGUAACGCCACUUAUUGGGAGACAAAUUUAUCGACCUAUUUCUAUUCUGGGACACGAAAUUCCAAUAGGAUCGACGGUCAUCGUCAAUACGUUCCUUCUUCAUCGUGAUCCACGAUACUUUUCAGACCCAGAAACUUAUCGACCAGAGCGAUUUCUUCCGGACGGUCCUAAAUAUCCUUCUUACGCUUUUAUACCCUUCAGUGCAGGUUCCCGUAAUUGUGUAGGAUGGAAAUAUGCCACGAUGAUCGUCAAAGUUCUCAUUCUGAAUAUAUUAAAAAACUUCCGAAUCGAAUCUGUCGAUACCGAGGAUCAACUUCGGUUUAUUUGCGAACUGGUGUUGUGCAAUGCUAACGGACUACGGUUAAAAAUUACACCACGAACGCAAGCAACUGUUACGUAGUUAUCUUCCAAUGGUAAACUGCGCAAGAAGUAAAAAAGUCGAAGGUACACGAAAGGUCUUCGAACUUGAAGGAA